GAGAACUGGGUGCGGGGUGUAGGGAGAGAAGUCUGGAGGAACGCUGAGCUGAGCAGCACCGAGGACAGCGCCCGGCAGCGCCCGCGCCCAGGUCUCCCUCCGCAGCACUGACUCGCGCACACGCUGAGCUUUUGCUUACCCCCUUCUCGCGCGGACACAGACACACACGCAUUUCACACACCCAGACACACACCCCGCUGUACAAUGGCAGAAUUCCACCUGCAAUCGUCCCUCAUCACAGCCUCACAGUUUUUCGAGAUCUGGCUUCAUUUCGAUGCUGACGGAAGUGGUUACCUGGAAGGAAAGGAGCUGCAGAACUUGAUCCAGGAGCUCCAGCAGGCGCGAAAGAAGGCUGGAUUGGAGUUAUCACCUGAAAUGAAGACUUUUGUGGAUCAGUAUGGGCAAAGAGAUGAUGGGAAAAUAGGAAUUGUAGAGUUGGCUCACAUAUUACCCACAGAAGAGAAUUUCCUGCUGCUCUUCCGAUGCCAGCAGCUGAAGUCCUGUGAAGAAUUCAUGAAGACAUGGAGAAAAUAUGAUACUGACCACAGUGGCUUCAUAGAAACUGAGGAGCUUAAGAACUUUCUAAAGGACCUACUAGAAAAAGCAAACAAGACUGUUGAUGACACAAAAUUAGCCGAGUAUACAGACCUAAUGCUGAAACUAUUUGAUUCAAAUAAUGAUGGGAAGCUGGAAUUAACUGAGAUGGCCAGGUUACUACCAGUGCAGGAGAAUUUUCUUCUUAAAUUCCAGGGAAUCAAAAUGUGUGGGAAAGAGUUCAAUAAGGCUUUUGAGCUGUAUGAUCAGGACGGCAAUGGAUACAUAGAUGAAAAUGAACUGGAUGCUUUACUGAAGGAUCUGUGCGAGAAGAAUAAACAGGAGCUGGAUAUUAAUAAUAUUACAACAUACAAGAAGAACAUAAUGGCUUUGUCGGAUGGAGGGAAGCUGUACCGAACGGAUCUUGCUCUUAUUCUCUGUGCUGGGGAUAACUAGAGUUGGUGGUCGCAACCACUUGCUAGUGAUACACUGUAUCUAAAAAAUAACUGUGCACUAUAAGGGAGUAGGCUGUAUUUUCUUUUAUAUCUGUAAAUUUAACUGCAUAUAGAUAAUUAUCCAGGAUGUGUGGCUCAUUCUUUUCAGCUUGUUUCUAUACUGUUUGUAAUAUACAGUUUUUGUAACCAUAUGAUUGAAAAGAAGAAAGUCUAUGCUUAGGCCCGUCAGUACACCCAAUUUUAAAAAAUAACAUAUUCUUGCUUUCAUAAAUAUAUUUGAACAAGAUUUCCCUAAAAAUUCCACCAGGAUUAAUUUCUAAAAUUCUAGUCUCUGAUGUGCAAAUGCACAUUUGUCACUGAAUAAUGGAAUUAUGUAUGACAAGCCAAACAUUCUUAUUUUAGACAAUCAUAGAACUGUCCCACAAAAUAUUUCUAAGCUUAUUUCCAACUAUUAGGAAGAAUGUGCUUUUGCAUCUAAAAUACUCACCAAAAUAUAAAUAAAUAGUUAAUUGUGGCUUUAUGACGUUAACAGUCUCAUUACAGAUUUAGUUUACCAAUCAACAGCAUGUCUACUGCUUGGAUCCAUACAAAACUAUCAGUUCAAGUUGAUACAGUGACAAGGGAAGGGAGCACCAGAUGACACAUAAAUCUGUCUGAUUCUAUGCCUGUAUUUCCAACAAGCCUACUGUCAGAGAAUAUGACCUAAAUCCAUUUUCUAAACUGUUUUCACGUGUUGCAGAUAAUAAUUAUUCUAGUCAACUGCUGUUUCAUGUCAUAUUCUGUGUAAUCUCUGAUUAAAUCUAAUAUACUGCGUAUCCUGGUGUCUAGUUUGCAUACUUCCUGGAUUUUCUUUCUAUGUAGAACUGUUCAUUUCCACCAAGGGUAUCUGCUGCCUCUGAAAAUAUUUUUUUCUAGCUAUAACAACUCUAUUUUUUACUACAUAAUUAAAUUUUAAUGUAAAAUUCAUAGCAUCUUGAUUAUUGAAUGUCAUAUCAUCAAUACUUUUGUGUAUUCUGUGGAUUCUAUAUUUCAUAUUGAGAUCAGCAUUCAAAAUAGUUCUAUUUCUAUCUGCAAAUAGUUUCAAAUGAGUUUAAAAAAUAACAUCUGAAAAGAAAUGCUAACGUAAUCAUUUAUCUUAUCUAGCAAGAAGAUUCUAAAACAUUCUUUAACACACAUCUAAGUCACAGUUUCACAUAUUUGUAGCUAGAAUAUCCUAUACUGGUUAUAGUUGACAUGUAACAGUUGGUGAUUUUAGAUUUCUUUGAUUGUGAAACAGGGAGCUAUGAAAGAUGUGUCCAUGUGAAAUUUAGUUACUGCCUAGGAGUUAAUGAUCGUUCUGGGUCAGCUUGAAUGUCCCUGUUCUAUAAAUACAACACUUAUUUUCUGAAUUCAUAAAAAUAACAAAAAAAAAUGUGAACUAUAAUGUUUCCCUCAAGAACAAACAGAAACGAGAUCUGCCAAAAACUAAAAUUCAACAAAUGAUGUUGAGUAGGAGAUUGGCUUUGCCUUUAGCGUGUAAUUGGAAGCACUGCCAUUAGACUGAGUUUAACUACUAAGAAUAAAGAAAGAAGAAAAUAACUUUAA